AAUUGCUCAGACACAAGUAUACUUGAAGACAUAAUAAGGUAGACAGAUCCUUGCAUCAAUUCCUAGAUUCUCUUGACAAUCAUUAUGAAUUCAAGAGUAACCAAAUGCAGAGUAUUCGGUUGUGUCAUUGUAAUUCCUCAAAUACAAUCAUCAGCAGAUACGUUGUGGAAAACAUGAUUUCUACAUUGGCGAAGAAUUUUAUGAAUUUCUGGGCAAAAGUAUAUACAGUUUUCCUAAACAAUUCUUCUUACGCAACUGCACUUUUAGAAAAUUCAUCAUGUGAUCAAUAGGGUAGUUUGUUAACUUGGCUGGGCCCUGUGAUUCUCAGUGGUUUGGCAGUUAUGAGUUAGUGUGGCAGUCAAAAGAUGAUGGGAUCACUUCCAUGAUGAGAUUUGAUAUAACGUGAUCACCUCCAUGAUGGGAUCUGCUAUAAGUAGCCAAUCAGUUGAAAGGGAGUUUCUUUGGGCGUGUGACCUGCAUCAAAUACAAGUGGACAUUCUGGCAAGGCUUGUGGGCUUUUGCUUGCUCUGGACCCUACAGCUGGCUCCUGUUCGUCUGACCUCCCUUCUUGGGACUUGAGCUAGCAGCUCACCUGCAGUCUUAACUGCCAGCCUGGGGAUUCUUCCCUUUUUGCAACCGAUGAACAAGAGCCCUGCUUUCUGACCUACCAAUCUUAGGUUCACAAGGCCUUUGGCUACUGAAUCAGAAGAUGCUUCCAACCUAACAAACAAAUUUGGGAACUUGCAGCCUGUACAGCCUCAUGAGACAUUUCUUUUAUAUAAACCUCUCUAUUUUUUUUUUAUGAGUCAGAAUCAACUCAACAGCAACGGGUUUAGUUUUGGUUUUUAUGUAGAUAUUUAUACAAUUUACUGGUUUUGCUUCUCUAAGACACAUUGAGUAUUAAAAACAUGGAGUAAUACUUUAUAAUUAUAUGCAUACAGGAAUUGGGUAUAGGCUUAGGAAAUUUUAAAUAGGUUUUCACCUACAUUUAUGUCUAGAGGUCACUGAGAAUCCUGUGACAUGCUUGCAGCCUAGGAAUCUUGGCCAUUAUCAAUGUUUUUGUUGUUAGUUGCUUUUGAGCUCCUCAGAAGACAUGCCAUUAUCAAUAGAGGCUCUCAAUAACUCGGAACCAACCAGGCAAGCCAAGAUUUCUAGAUGCUUCCACAGGAUGAUGCCACCACUGUGGAGGAUUAGCGGCUUAGGUGAUCCAAUCAACUUGCUCAGUCUCAUUAUUAGGUUUGGCUCAACCGUUACAGUGCGUUAUCAUAACGCAAUCAAUGAAGAAGUCGUGAGAGUCUCCACCCACUCUACUAGGCAACUUAAUAUAAACCCGUUUCUUGUCCUUAGACAUUUUGGUGGUUGGAAGAGGUGGAAGUAGGAAGUUAUCCUGGUGGCUUCAGAGUCCCUGUAGCUACUGAAGCCCACAGGUCUCCCUGAAGUUCCAAGCUGCCACCAUCAUGUCCUCAUCUCCACUCAGGCUGUCGGUGGUGUGUAUGAGUAACAUCAACAGGAGCAUGGAAGUCCACAGCAUCCUCAAGAGAAAGGGGUUCUGUGUCCAGUCCUUUGGAACUGGAUAUCAUGUGAAGCUGCCAGGACCAGAACCCAAUAUUUGCUCAGUUUGUGAUUUCUUGACAACAUAUCAACAAACGUACCGUGACCUUCUAAGGAAAGACAGAGAAUGCUAUACACAGAAUGGAAUGUUACACAUCUUGGGAAGAAAUCAGAGGAUCAGGCCCCAGCCAGAAAGAUUUUAAGAGUGCAGAGAUUCCUUCGAUGUCAUCGUGACCUGCGAAGACACAGUCUAUGACACAGUGGUGGAAGAGCUAUAUUCCAGAGGACAGGAGACCUUCCAGCCUGUGCAUGUGAUCCAUGUGGACAUUGGAGACACCCUGGAAGAUGCCACCCUGGGAGCUUUCCUUAUCUGUGAGCUCUGCCAGCUCAUACAGUGCAGAGACAACAUGGAGGACAGCCUGGCUGAGCUGCUGCUGGAAUUGGAGGAGAAAACAGGCAAGAGUUUUCUUCACACGGUCUGCUUCUACUGAAGAUCUUGACUGGCCUAAGUAAGAAGUUGUGGGUCAAGUUUCAGACUACUCCGUAUUUUCUCUGAAAAGCAUCUUUAAAGACCUAUCACCUAAAUGCUGUUUGUAUCAUUUUUAGUUAUACUACAGGAAGAAGAGAAUAUUACUAAGAAACACAUUUGUUGAGAAAGGAGGAGAAGGGUAUGAGUAGGAACUAUUAGGAACCACAGGAAAUGUGCCCUGCAUUGUUCUUUGCACAGAAUAACUAAUUUAAUGUUUACCUCAAUAAGGAACUUACCGCCGUUCCUGCAUUUUCUGAAUGAGCAAAGCAAAGCAUGUAAUGGAUAAGUGUUUUGUUUCAGGAUAGUCAACAAGUAAAGAACAUCUUUUAUAAGCAAUUGCUGUAACCAAAUUUCUUUUGCUUGUUUUGA